UCGACGGCCUAACCACGGGCGGCCUCUCUGUCCAAGGGCGCCUAGGGUCGGCCGGAGUGGAUGCAGUUGCCAUCUGCCCUGUCUGCGGCGUCGGAAGUGGCACGAGGCCGUGGCUUCGGAGUCGACGGCGGGACCGACUUCUUGGAUGUUGGUGAUGGUCGCGACAGGAGGGAGGUGUGGAGGGACCUGUGGCGGGAUCACCGGCUGCGGCGAGAGGAAUACAUCACACGGGGGGUGGAGCGUCUUCACGUGGGAGACCGGGAGAACGAGAAGGAGACGGACGAUCCACCGGCGGAAGCAGACGACGACGACGACGACAACGACGUAGACUGUGGGGAAGGGGGGGGUGGUCAUGCGUCGCCAUCGUUGCAGAGCGACAUGGCUGGUAAGGGUGGGAACUCCAAGGCUUCCGGCCGCAAUGCUCAUCCGCGGGCGAAGAAAGGGCAGGGAAAGGGGAGCGGCGGCGAAGGCUCCAAUGAUGCGGAGGAGAAGCGCAACUUCUGGUCGGAGAGGGCGAGCAGGGGCUUCAAUUUCACGAUGGAUCGCGCAGUUUAUGACGAGAUAGAGGGGUCGACUGGGAURAACCACACCAUCCACCCGAAGAACGUGGCAGRCACCGGUGCGUCUSGCGGCGUGCACCCGCCUUCAACAUCUUACGUGGAUCCUGAAUCGGUGGCGGACAGGGAAGGAGGUGCAGGGCGAGAAGACGACGAGGAGGGGUCGACGCGAGGCUCUUCGCAGACGACGGGCACCCCCGRCGGUUCUGGGAAAAGGAAGAGCACGAGGCAGCAAACUUUCGAGGCGCUGACGGAAUGCAUAGAGAAACACGAAGAGCUAAUGGCGUUGACGAUGGAGAGUGCAAGCAAGCGGCAAUGCUCUAUCCAGGUCCGGCAGCGCGAGGCGUUGGAAGUGGAGGUGGAAGUUCAAAGGAAGCACUAUGCCGCGUCAGACGAAGUCAACAAACUCAUGUGCCAUGCAUUGUUGGAAAUAGCGAAAGCCAUUCGUGAGCGGCCGAGCAGCUAGGAAGUGUGUUGUGCAAUUGUGGAGUCCCUUGAUGUCGGGGGCGAGUUGUUGGCUGGUUUCCCGUUGMA